AUGAACGGUCGCAAUGCGCCCCUGUCACCUGUUUCCCUAGGUGGUAGCGAGUGGUCCGUUGGCAAAUACCCAAACAACGACGACCCGUACGCAAGCAAUCGUGGCAACAUCGUUUCGCCCCCGAACUCCGGCGGCCCCAACGGGGCCAUGAACGGAGGCUUCCCUCCCGGGCCUCGAAGCGCCAGCGGCCCUUCCCCGCCGCCCUCUGUCGGCCGAUCCAGCAACGGCACAAACUUGUAUGCGAGGAGUGAGAGCGGGAGGAGCAUCCGCGAAGAGCAAACCGAGGGCAUACUCGCUGAACACUACGUCGCUCUAAAGAACUAUCUGAAUGGCGGCCAAGGAGGGAAGCCCACACCCCCGAACAAGGCUCGCGACAAGCUGCUGCGUCUGUCGUCUGUGCAGUUCCUCGAACUAAGUACUGAUGUCUUCGACGAGCUGCUGCGGAGGCAAUCCCUUAACCGCCGACCUUCGGCCCCCAGCGCCCCCGCUCCCCCCCCUUACCUGCUACCUGAAUCCAACUUCCAUCCAAAACGCAAUCAGGCGAGGCAGAAGCUGUCCUCGCUUGGACCGCCGCGCUUCCGUGAUCUCGCGACUGACGUGUUCUGCGAACUGGAGAGGAGGUUUCCCCGCUUUGCUGCUGGAGACAUACCCAGAGUGGGCAGCCCCGUAUCGGUCCGCUCACAAGCCACAGUCAACGGAAAUGGCUACCCUCCCCGGAGUCAAAGUCGGAUGCGCCGGCCUUCCGACGCCAGCUCAAUGAGGGGAGGUCCACCACCGCCCGACCCCUACGGCGUGCCGCCUUCGCCAGGCAUGCCGCCGAAUGGCGACUAUAACCGUCCGAUGCAGAAGCAGUUCCAGAGCAACACAAUCGUACCAAACAAGAGCACAAUGGUGGAAGAGGACGACGACGGCAGUCCCAACGACGAUGACGCCGAAGAGUUUGGCCUUGAACGGACUGCCACAAAUCGCAGCAAGAGAAGUGAAGUGACAGAGCGGAGCGCUGUGGCAUCAGAGGUGGCCGACAAGAAGCUCCUAGAUGAGUACCAGUCACAAGUUCGCGAACUGCGGGAAAAGCUCGACGCCAUGGAAGAUGCGAUGAAGAAGAAGGACGACGAGAUGAACAAUAUUCUGGACGGAGAGAGAUCACGAUCAACAGCCGCCAACUCGGAGAAGAAAGAGUUGGCUGAUCUCCGGUUGAGCCUGGAGAACAAGCUCGCCGAAGCUCAGGACCUGAACGCGUCAAUGAAGCAAGAGCUGGAUCGCAUGAGGGACGACCAUGCCAACGAAUCCCGGCAACUAAGAGAGCAGUUGGACGAACUGCGGCAGUCCGGUGCGGCCGCCGCCAACAUGAACUCUGGCAACGCAGACCGGGAGCUGCAAAUGGAAAACGAACAGCUGCGCGCGGCUCUGCGAGAGCAACAGCAGGUCACGGAAGAGGCUCGGCGCGAAGCUCGGGAGUUCCUCCGGGAGAUGAAGAUACUCUCGCAACAGAGUGGCUCGACUUGGCAAAAGCAGGAAGAGCUGGAGAAAACGAUCGAACAACUCGAAGCAGAGGUUCGCGAGUGGCGGAACCGAUACGCACGGACCAAGACGCAGCUUCGCAACAUGCGCGCCUCCUCGUUCGGGUUGACUGUUGAACAGGACGCGGCCAAGUACGUCCGAGAGAAGGGAUUUGCCCACGAAGGCGGCGCGGUUAAGGACGUCCAUGUUACCAAGUUCCAGAUCGCCAUCGACGAGCUACUCCAGCGCGCCCGAACGGAAGACCCUGACAAAGUCAUUGACGCUAUGAAGCAAGUUGUCGUCGGCGUUCGCCGGAUCACUAAGGAUAUCGACACGGCGGCAGCCGGCAACGAGGAGCUCCUCCAACAGCGUUCGAAGCUCAAGGGCAAGGUUUCCUCCACCGCCAACCACCUCAUCACAACAUCCAAGAACUUCGCUUCGUCGGCCGGCAUCACGCCAGUGUCCUUGCUCGACGCCGCUGCCACUCACCUCGUUGCAGCUAUUGUCGACAUCCUUCGGGUUGCCAAGAUUCGGUCCACUCCCGCUGAGGAGCUUGAGGACGACGACGACGGUACGGUCACGCCUGUGGACUCGACGGGCUUCUUCUCACCCAGGACUGCUUCGAGGCAGGAUUCGAUAACACAGGAAUCGUUGCCGGCGGUGGCGCCAUUUCGGGGCCUGGGCGGUGGCAGGACCAGCAUGGAUUCCUCCGCUUACAGCCCUGUCAAUUCCCCCCGCCAGUCAGCAGACGCAUACCAGUCUCGAGGGCCCAACGGAAUGAACGGGAUGGGCGGGAUGGGCUUUGCGGGGAUGAAUCAGAACGGACCGAUGAAUGGGUACGGCAACGGCAUGCGCCAACAGAACCAGGCCGAAGAUCUCAAGAUUUAUCUCGAAGAUCAAACCGCCAUCUUGGUCCAGAACAUCCAGAACCUGGUCGGCUCCAUCCGAAGCGAUGCAUCAAUCAACCAAAUCACAUCCGAGAUUAACGGCAUUGUUGAAGUCGUUGACAAGGUCAUCUCCGAGACCGACGCCUCCGGAAACGGCGGCAUGGUUACCCGCCUGAUGGCGUGCCGCGAUCGACUACUGGAAGCCAGUGAUCGCGGUAUGGAUAUCGACCGGGGACUAGACGUGGGCGCCAGCGGACGCAACGAUCGGGAGUGGAGAAUGUGGACGCAGACUCUGCCGCCCAUCGCCUUCGAAAUCGCUAGAGAAACAAAGGAGCUCGUUCAGCGAGUCGACCGGUUGGCCGGGAACCUAGACGAUGACUUCUCAUAA